GGUGCAAACGUCAUCAUAGCGCGACAGCGUUUUUCAUUUUCAAACCAUACGUGAGGUUUUAAAGCUUAACAUUUGUGUUAUUAUUUAAUGUUAAUCGGGAAAUUAUCACUCGAACUUAUAAUCAACAUUCAUCUGAAACGACGAGCUUCGUCUUGAAUACGAACUAACUCCCCCCCCGGAAGUGACUCUCUGCUGUACACACAUGGGUUGAAGUCGCAUCUGGUCAAUAAUGCCAAAACUUUUCGAUAUCAAGUUUCCAGGAGAAUGUAAGACUCUGCCUGAGGGCUUUUGGUCGGCAGUAGAUGUGUGGAUAAAGAAACCUCACGUCGUAAACAAACGUCUCUGCGGAGUUAAAGAGACAGAGAUUGGAGAUGUGGGCAGAGAUGAUCUGCUUUUUCUACUUGGUGAUCCUGAACUCUCGGAGGAUGUGUUUUCUUUCCUAAAUAACAGGAUUUUACCUGCACAGACGCAUGACAAGGACAAACCCUGGACUUCUAGUGUCAGAACAUUCAUUCCUAAAGUCAGCUGCUAUGGGACUCAGCUGCAUAAAGAAGUUGUUGUCAAAGACCUUUGCAGACAGCAGGUGACCUUCCUCCCAUUUGAAGAAGAUUCAGAGGGACAGGUGUCUCUAAAAAGGGGCAACAUUUAUCAGAUUCAGCUCCUCCAUCAGGACUGUGAACAAUGGUCAUUGGAGCUACAUGUGCUAACCCCAGACAACUGGUUCUCUGAUGGUGUUGCCUACCCAAAGCUGCCCUGGCUGUCCUCAGAUCUACUGCCUAAACUUGUGCGCUGGGCCACUGAGAACAGGAACAGUGAGUUCAGGAGCACACUGUCUCUGCUGCCUGUGGAGAAGUACAGCAUCGUGUACCAGCAACUGAAGGAGAAAUACAAGGCUAUGGUCAAGGUUUGGCCUGAAGUUACAGAUCCUGAGAAGUUUGUCUACGAAGAUGUUGCCAUUGCUACAUAUCUCCUUGUGCUUUGGGCCGAGGAGCGAGCAGAGAGAGGCCUCGCUGCCCCUCAAUCCUUUGUGGACUUGGGCUGUGGAAACGGCCUCCUUGUUCACAUACUGACCAAUGAAGGGCACCCUGGAAAGGGCAUCGAUGUUCGCAGGAGGAAGAUCUGGGACAUGUUUGGCCCCCAGACUCUGCUGGAGGAAAAAGCAAUUACCCCCAGUGAGAGCUUCUUAUUCCCACAUACGGACUGGCUGAUUGGGAACCACUCAGACGAGCUCACACCGUGGAUCCCUGUCAUAGCAGCCAGGUCAUCUUACUCAUGCCGCUUCUUCGUCCUGCCCUGCUGUUUCUUUGACUUCUACGGGAAGUAUCAGCGACGCCAGUGUAAGAAGUCACAGUACAAAGAGUACAUCGACUUCAUCACCGAGGUCAGCAGAGUCAGUGGCUUCAACACAGAGGAGGACUGCCUGAGAAUACCGUCCACCAAACGGGUGUGUCUGGUGGGAAAGUCAAGAAAUUAUAAGCUACAUGAUGAAGCUGAGGCUGAGCAGCGAAGAGCUGGUUACGUUCAGAGCCGCCAGGCCGCCCCCGAUGUCACAGUUCAAGUGUCACAAGUCAGACAUGACGUAGACUGUUGCCUUGGUGAUAAAGGGACUGAAGGGACCCCCGGGACCUGCUGGGGGGCUGGGUUCCAGCCGAGAGAAAGGGUCGAAAUGGUUCGUAACUGCGCUGCUCUCCCACGUGAUUUUGUCGACAGUGUUGUCCUGCAGGUUGCUAAUGUGCUGCUGGGAAUGACUGAGGAUGACGGUGGGGAGUCGACUGGUGGCUGGAAUAAAGGAGGCAGUCUCUCUUUGAGUGAGGUCGCCGGCCUGUUGGAGCAGGAAACCCUGCAGCUCCUGAAGAAGGAGUGUGGUGGCCUUCAGACGCUGCUCAAGAACAAUCACCAGGUCUUCAGAGUUGAAGGAGGGAGAGUGUACAUUAGAGACUGGAGAGACAGGAAGUCCUCCAGGGUGGAUACAAAGAAGAAAUCUGUUGCCCCUGGAGCUCUGAAAACUCGUCCUUGUUGGUUUUAUGAACACCACCCUCAGCGCUGCCCCCUGCAGGUGGAAGAGUGCCAGUUUGCCCAUGGACUUGAUGACCUCAGACCCUCAACCAGACCUUUAAAGAAGAUUAAAAAUCAUGCUUUUUAAUGUAUUGUAUCUCAUUUAUUUACUUGAUAUUUUAUUAAAUAACAGCUUUUAUAA